GAAGAACUACUCCUCAGCCGCCAUUCAACCAUCAUGACAUGCUGAUCUCAGCGUCGGCCCGCAAUGGGGACCGAUAUUGGCGCGAACAGAGGACAGCAACCAGUUCCGUGGUUUGGCCCGUUGGAUGGCCCGGUCGGCCGUGUCUCCGAGUCCGAGCGCCUGCGGCGGCGCCUGGAGCACACACGCCGUGAGAUUGCCCAACGGGACCGGCAGCUGGCCUUGCUACCGGAUCGCCGCUCGCAGGACGGCUUCGUCCGUUGCGUGGGCCAGACGUGCUUCCCGGGCGAAGACGCGGAAGGCAUGAAGGCUGACCUGGCGGAGUGCAAGAAACACUGCCAGGACCAAGCCUAUGGAGCCUUCGUGGUGCAGGGAGACGGACGCGCCUAUUUCAAGCGUCAGAAGGUGGGAGAUUGCCGGCGGAAUCUGGAACCGGAAGCAUUCUCCACGACCUAUCUACACUACUCCGUCGAAGUGGCCAAGCUUUGCCCGAGACUGAGGGCUUUCUUUUUGCACUUCACGGAAAGCAAAAGACGACGACCGGUUCCGAUCUUCAACACGCCGCCGCCGCCCAACAGCGCUGGAGCCGCCCCACGGCCGGUCCCAGUGCCUUUGCCGCGUCCGCGGCGGAGGCGCGGCUGCGGCGGACGGCACAGCAGUGCAUGGAGCUCACACGCAACGUCCAGGCGCUGGAGGAGGCAUUGCAACAUCAACUGGAGGCCACCGACGAACGUGUGGAUCAAAUCUUGACGGCUCUGCGCGCGGCGGUCUCACAGUUCAAGUCUAGGUCAUCCUCGGCGGGUUGAUUUGCUUCAUCAUGCAAGGGAAGAGCUUGCGGCGUGUAGACACACCACUAAAUAUAG